GAACCCUCUUGUCUGGAUAUUUUCAUCCGCCGGCGCCACUGCUUUCCUCUUCUCUGCCCAGAACGCCGUCGUGCGAGUGAGGAGGAGUUUGAGGAAGCCAGGUAUAUAUAUAUAUAUAUAUAUAUAUUCAUCACAGUUCAGGCUCAACAUUCUGGUUGGUUGGCGGCGGCGCCGUAACCCUAUCCCUGUCGCUGCGCCGUAACAACAAGAAGGUAUAGAUAUGGGGUCACUCAAGAGGAAAUCACCAGAAGAACCAACAACACAGUUACAGAGGGGGGAGGAACUGCAAUAUGACUGUGUACAUGACGUCUCCUACCCACACGGUUACAUUCAUCCUCCUCCUCCUUCUUCUUCUUCUUCUUCUUCUUCUUCUUCAACUCACACUGAGCCUGCUAAGAAGUUCCCUUUUACCCUCGACCCCUUUCAGUCCCAAGCUAUUACCUGCAUCGAAAACGGCGAAUCCGUCAUGGUGUCUGCACACACAUCUGCUGGGAAAACUGUUGUCGCUUUAUAUGCUAUUGCCAUGUCACUUCGAGACGGACAGCGUGUUAUCUACACUUCUCCUAUCAAGGCGCUUAGCAAUCAGAAGUACAGAGAGUUCAAGGAAGAGUUCUCUGAUGUUGGUUUGAUGACUGGAGAUGUCACCAUUGACCCCAAUGCUUCUUGCUUGGUGAUGACCACGGAGAUCUGGCGUAGCAUGCAAUACAAAGGGUCCGAGAUCACCAGAGAGGUGGCUUGGAUCAUUUUUGAUGAAGUGCAUUACAUGCGAGAUCGCGAGAGGGGCGUGGUUUGGGAAGAGAGUAUUGUUAUGUCGCCAAAGAAUUCCCGUUUUGUCUUCCUGUCUGCCACGGUCCCUAAUGCAAAGGAGUUUGCGGAUUGGGUGGCAAAGGUGCACCAACAGCCGUGUCACAUAGUUUAUACUGAUUACCGACCUACUCCUCUUCAGCAUUAUAUUUUCCCUUCUGGAGGUGAUGGUCUAUAUUUGGUUGUGGAUGAGAAGGGAAAAUUUCGUGAAGACAGCUUUCAGAAAUCUUUAAAUGCUCUUGUUCCUCCGAGUGAGGGUGAUAGGAAAAAAGACAAUGGCAAAUUUCAUAAAGGUUUGAUGCUGGGAAAGGUUGGUGAGGAGAGUGACAUUUUCAAGAUAGUGAAAAUGAUCAUUCAGCGUCAAUAUGAUCCCGUCAUACUGUUCAGCUUUAGCAAAAGGGAGUGUGAAUUUCUCGCAAUGCAGAUGGCAAAAAUGGAUCUGAAUGGGGACGAUGAGAAGGACAACAUAGAAAAAAUAUUUUGGAGUGCUAUGGAUAUGCUUUCAGAUGAUGAUAAGAAGCUUCCUCAGGUUUCAAACAUGCUGCCCUUGUUGAAACGUGGAAUAGGAGUCCAUCACUCUGGUUUACUUCCAAUUCUAAAGGAAGUGAUUGAGAUCUUAUUUCAAGAAGGGCUAAUCAAGUGUUUGUUUGCUACAGAGACCUUCAGCAUUGGUUUGAACAUGCCUGCAAAAACUGUUGUAUUUACAAAUGUCCGAAAAUUUGAUGGGGACAAGUUCAGAUGGAUUACCAGUGGAGAAUAUAUCCAAAUGAGUGGCCGUGCGGGUCGACGAGGUAUUGAUGAACGCGGAAUAUGUAUCCUCAUGGUCGAUGAGAAGUUGGAGCCUUCUACUGCUAAAAUGAUGGUUAAAGGGGCAGCUGAUAGUUUAAACAGUGCCUUUCAUUUAAGCUACAACAUGCUUUUGAAUCAAAUGCGUUGUGAAGAUGGUGAUCCUGAGAAUUUGCUCCGUAAUUCCUUUUAUCAGUUUCAAGCUGAUCGUGCCAUUCCUGAUCAUGAGAAACAAAUAAAGGCUCUUGAAGAAGAGCGGGAAUCAAUUGUUAUUGAGGAAGAAAACAGCUUGAAGGAUUAUUACCAUCUGCUGGAGCAGCAUAGAAGUUUGAAUAAAGAGGUUCGCGACAUUGUGUUAUCUCCAAGGCACUGUUUACCUUUCUUACAGCCUGGGAGGCUUGUUUCUCUUCAAUGCACUUCAAGUGAUGACGAUCCUCCUAUUAUUAUUGAGGACCAGUUGACAUGGGGGUUGGUCAUUAAUUUUGAAAGGGUUAAAAGUGUUUCUGAAGAUGAUGUAAGUAUUAAACCAGAGGACGCAUCUUACAAUGUUGAUAUUCUUACAAGAUGUAUGGUGAGCAAGGAUAAAAUUGGGAAAAAAUCUGUUAAGAUUGUUCCUCUGAAAGAAGUUGGAGAACCUCUAGUGGUUUCAGUUCCAAUCUCUCAGAUUAAUACAAUUAGCAGUUUGCGGUUAUAUAUACCAAAGGAUCUUUUGUCAUUGGAAACUCGGCAAAACACGCUGAAAAAAGUGCUGGAAACUCUUUCUAGAUUCGGUGAGAAAGGAUUGCCACUUCUAGAUCCUGAAGAAGACAUGAAGAUUCAAAGCAACUCAUACAAAAAAGCAUCUCGUAGGAUAGAGGCUUUGGAGAGCCUAUUUGAAAAGCAUGAAAUUGCGAAGUCACCACUUAUAAAGCAGAAGUUAAAGGUUUUACAGAGGAAGCAAGAACUGACUGCAAGGAUAAAGUCCAUUAAGAAAACAAUAAGAUCUUCUACUGUUUUAGCCUUCAAGGAUGAACUUAAGGCAAGAAAGAGGGUUCUUCGCAGGCUAGGAUAUGCUACAAGUGACAAUGUGGUGGAAUUGAAAGGGAAGGUUGCUUGUGAAAUUAGUAGUGCAGAUGAACUGAUCUUAACAGAACUAAUGUUCAGUGGUGUGUUAAAGGACAUAAAGGUUGAGGAAAUGGUUUCUCUCCUCUCUUGUUUGGUCUGGCGAGAAAAAAUUCAUGACGGUGCCAAGCCUCGGGAGGAACUUGAUCUGCUUUUUGCACAAUUACAAGACACUGCUCGGAGAGUUGCCCAACUUCAGCUUGAAUGCAAGGUGGAAAUUGAUGUUGAGAGCUUCGUGAAAUCGUUUAGGCCUGAUAUUAUGGAGGCUGUGUAUGCGUGGGCGAAAGGUUCGAAGUUUUAUGAGAUCAUGGAAAUUACACAGGUCUUUGAAGGCAGCUUGAUUAGAGCAAUUAGAAGACUUGAGGAAGUUCUUCAGCAGUUAAUAGAAGCAGCCAAGUCAAUUGGAGAGACUCAACUUGAGACAAAGUUUGAAGAGGCUGUGUCCAAGAUCAAGAGGGAUAUUGUCUUCGCAGCAUCCUUGUAUUUGUAACUUCUUCACCUUCCAAGAAACUAUGCAUUUUACAUGGAUUUAAGUCCAUGAAGGAUAAUGGACGUGGGACAUCAUAUGGAAGGGGUGUACUGUGCGAGUCAUCCGUAUCUAUCCCCAUAAGUUUUGCUCUUAAAUAGUUUUUAUGUAUACUUCUAUAGCCUGGAAACGAGUCCAGGCGAGUUUAAUUAGGCAGUGAAGAAAUUCAGCUUAAGAUUACUAGUGCUUAAGCUCAAUGACCCAACAUUGGGACAUGUAUUAUGAGUUGGUUUGGACAUGGAGUACUCAAAUGUUUUAGAAGGUUUAAUUGAUUCAAAUACCAAAUUCAAAUUAUUUUUAA